CUGUCUGCGGAGCGGCUGGGAGGUUCGAGCUCUGUGCCGGGGGUGGACUGGCGGGAGCUGCGGGCGUGGGCACCGCGCACGCGUGGGGAGCGGCUCCCGGAUUCAGCGCGCCCGAAGGAGGGUGGCCUCGCGCUGCUCCGCGGGCAGGAUGGGCCUCUCCGCCGCGGCCCUGCUGUGGGGCCUCCCAGGGCUGCUCCUGACCAUCGCCCUGCACCCGGCUCUCUCCCCGUGCCCCGCCCAGGCCUCGGUGCCCGCGCAUCGGGACUACUGUGUCCUGGGUGCCGGGCCCGCGGGGCUGCAGAUGGCCUACUUCCUGCAGCGGGCCGGCAGGGACUACGCCGUGUUCGAACGCGCCCCGGGACCAGGCAGCUUCUUCACGCGCUACCCCCGGCACCGCAAGCUCAUCAGCAUCAACAAGCGGUACACAGGCAAGGCCAACGCCGAGUUCAACCUCCGCCAUGACUGGAAUUCUCUGCUCAGCCACGACCCCCGGCUGCUCUUCAGACACUACUCCAACGCUUACUUCCCCGAUGCCGGCGACAUGGUGCGCUACCUGGGCGACUUCGCAGACCGGCUGGGGCUCCACGUGCUGUACAACACAACCAUUGCUCACGUCACUCUGAACAAGGAUCAACGGGCCUGGAAUGGCCAUUACUUCAUCCUGACUGACCAGAAGGGCCAGGCAUACCAGUGUAGCGUCCUUCUCGUGGCCACCGGCUUGUCAGUCCCCAACCAGGUUGACUUCCCUGGCUCCGAAUACGUGGAUGGUUAUGAGUCCGUGUCCGUGGAUCCCAAGGACUUCGUGGGUCAGAAUGUGCUGAUCCUGGGCCGGGGGAACUCGGCCUUUGAGACGGCGGAGAACAUCUUGGGUGUCACCAACUUUAUCCACAUGCUGAGCCGCUCCCGGGUCCGGCUCUCCUGGGCCACCCACUACGUCGGCGACCUCAGGGCCAUCAACAAUGGCCUGUUGGACACCUACCAACUGAAGUCCCUGGACGGGCUGCUCGAGUCUGACCUGACAGAUCUGGCCGUUGUGAAGGACCACGAGGGCAAGUUCCACGUCACCCUGAAAUUCUUCCUGGAGGAAGGCAACCGGAGUGCCGACGCCGUCCCCCUCCCCCAGGACGAUAACGACAACUUCGCCUUGCGCGUGGCCUACGACCGGGUCAUCCGCUGCCUGGGCUGGAACUUCGACUUCUCCAUUUUCAGCAAGUCCCUCCGACUCUCUGCAGGGGGUGAGCUCAGCAAGAAGUACCCCCUGGUCAAAGCCAGCUAUGAGUCCAAAGGGAGCCGGGGCCUCUUUGUCCUGGGGACUGCCAGCCACUCCGUGGAUUACCGGAAAUCUGCUGGGGGCUUCAUCCAUGGAUUCCGAUACACAGUGCGUGCCGUCCACCGGCUGCUGGAGCAGCGUCAUCACGGCGUCACCUGGCCCUCCACCCGGCACCCCAUCACGCAGCUGGCCAGUGCCAUCAUCCGGCGCGUCAACGAGGCUUCUGGGCUCUACCAGAUGUUCAGUGUGCUGGCCGACGUGGUCCUGUUGAAGGAGAAUGCCACUGCUUUUGAGUACCUGGAGGAGUUCCCCAUGCAGAUGCUGGCCCAGCUGGAGACAAUCACAGGAAGAAGGGCCAGGCACGGGCUCUUCGUCAUCAAUAUGGAGUACGGCCGGAAUUUCUCUGGGCCCGACAAGGACGUCUUCUUUUAUGACCGCUCUGUGGGGCACACGGAAGACGCCUGGCUGUCUAACUUCCUCCAUCCUGUCAUCUACUACUACAGGCACCUCCCCACCGAGCAGGAGGUGAGGUUCCGCCCCGCAGGCUGGCCUCUGCCGCGGCCCACGGCCAUCCACCACAUCGUGGAAGAUUUCCUGACAGACUGGACGGCCCCGGUGGGGCACAUUCUGCCCCUGAGGCGCUUCCUGGAGAACUGCUUGGACACCGAUCUCCGGAGCUUCUAUGCAGAGUCCUGUUUCCUGUUCGCCCUAACACGCCAGAAGCUGCCACCCUUUUGCCAGGAGGGGUACCUGAGAACACAGGGGCUCGUGGGAACCGAGAGCCUCCGCCAGCGCGGUGUGGAGAGUGGGCUCCUGUGGGACUAUGCCACUGUGGGCCGGGGGGACAGCAGCCAGCAACCUGGCGACCACGGGCCAGGACAGCACCCUCUGGCUCCAGGGCCUCCGGUCUCGCCCUUCGAAAGCAACAAAGAGGAGCUCUGAUGGCCAGGCUUCUCCCGCCCAGGCCCACGGUCAGCCCUGCUCUUUCCCCACGGUUCAGUGCUCCCACCGACGUGAUUGCCAGAGACACCUCAGAUCAUCGCAGUGACCACACCAAAGCCACACGGAGGGCACGUAAGGGCUGAAGGGCGGCCACUCGGUGGUCUCCCCUCCUGUUCGGUUCAGGGGUGCCUGGGAAGUGGGGUCCAGGGAAAGCAUCUUCUGCCAGAUGGAAGGGAGCUGCCUCCCACACCAGACUUGUCUGCAAAUGAGCUGUCACGGAGCACCAGGCUGGCCUCAGUUCCGUCCCCAUCAAGUGCCCAGUGGUUCCUUUUCCUUCCAGUUGUCGACUUAAAAAAUAUUCACAACCUAAAAGUUGAGAGUUAUGUUUUAUUCAGUGGGAAUUUUUAAGACUUCAAACCCAGGAGGCAGCAUCUCAAAUAACCUUGAAAGAACUGCUCCGAGGAGGUGAGGGGGGAGCCAGGUUAUAUAGAAGUUUUGCAACAAAGGGCAGGUGGUCUGAACAUCAAAAGAUUAUUGUUAAUUAAAGAAAAUCAGAUAUCCGAAGUUCAGGAAUUUAGCACUUUUCUAUGUAUGGGAAGAUGCAAGAGUCUGGGCUCACUGAAAUCUUUCCUUUGAUAUGCACCUCACCUGUCUGGGGCCAGUAUCCUAUGUUUUCACAUCCUGAGUUUCCUCAGGGCUCACCGUAGGCAGUGGCUGCAGUCUGAUGGCUGCUGGAUGGCAGGUAUUCUUUCCUUCCUGAGUUCCCUCAGGGCUCACCAGCUCACAUCAGUGGUGGCUGCAAUCGCUGAUGUGUGUGACAUCCUUUGUUUACUGAUAUAGCGGGAAAUACUCCAUUUCUCAGAUCCUCCUCUUGGUUGGAAAUUUGACCAAUAUUUGGGAGAUAUUUCAUGACCAAAUUUUGUCCCACGGCACUGGGAGGCCCAUCCCAGAUCAGGUGAAAAUUUUUGUUGAUGUGUCACUCCAGGUGCUAGUUUCCAGAUUAGGCCCUGUUGAUAAUUAAAGAUUCUCUGGAUUGUCUGUCUUACUAGUCUACUAUGAUCCAGGAAAUGUUUUCCCUUGUUGCUCCUUCCUGUACCUAGAAUCACACUAUUACAAUUAUUCUAUAAGAGUCAUAAAUAUUCCAUAAGAGUCAUUACAAUUAUUCUAUAAGAGUCAUAUUACAAUUAUUCUAUAAGAGUCAUAAAAGUCAUCUGUUUCC